AUGGCGCGCUCCUCCCUGCUCUCCGUGGCCUUGGUGCUCUUCGCCGGCUGCGCGCUCUUGCAGCGCUGGGCCCCGGCCUUCUCGUCCCCGGGCCUGAGCCGGCGGGAGGCCCUCCAGGCGGGCGUGGCCACCGUGGCCGCCGGGGCCAGCCAGGCGGCCUGGGCGGAUGCCCAGGGGGAGCCCGUGACCUGCCUGGCGCGGUAUGGGCCCCAGGUCCUGGGGCUCAAGGACGCCGUGGAGAAGGGUGACAUGGAGAAGAUCCUGAAGAAGGAGCCGAAGUUCAAGGCGCUCAACAGCUACUGGCGCAACCAGCCCGGAUACUUCGAGCAGAAGGUCGCGCUCUCUGAGAAGCUCAUGGAGGCCGCGGACGACGAGGUGAAGAAGCUCUACGCCGAGUACGUCGCGGACCCUGUCUUCGAAGCCUUCAGGGUGCCAGUGAAGCGCUCCAAGGACACCGUCACCAUCUACGCCUAUGGCGCCGGCAAGUCCGUCUAUGACAAGUGA